UGCAGUGCGUGGAGUGUCGGUAGUGCGCGGGAAAAUGUCGGCCACAGUACAAACUAGUUUGAAGGAGAAAAUUUGCAACUCCAUAGAGAUACCAAUACUGACAAGAUGCUGCUUUUGUUUUCCGCUGAGAAAAGGUCUCGUUGUCUUCGCUUAUGCGAACCUAAUCCUGACAGUGGUGGUUACAAGUUUACUGUCAAUGUACAUCUCUUAUGUACGUAACAACGGCGUGACAGAUGCAACAGAACUGCCCCGACUUAUCGCAGAUACCACCGUGCUAGUGCUGGAGUUAGGAAUGUCCGUUAUAUUCAUUGUCGCCCUACAUAUGAAACAUGUACUGUUGAUGAAAAUUUACUUGUAUUUUGAGACUGUCUUCUCCGUCAUCGGCUUCGUGUACAGCGUCGCCUUCCUCACCAGGGAGACGUCGGGAGAACUCUUCCUUAUACUCUUUGAAUUAAUGUUACAAAUUUACCUGGUCAUCUUAAUAUGGAGUUCAAUUGUGAAGAUGGAGAGGGACGGCACAGUGAAGUACACGAGAGACAGGGAUCCCGCAUAGAUAUGCAACAAGAUUUAUUCCUAAUAAUACUUUUGUACAAAUGUUAUAAGAAUUGUUUUAACAUUUUCUUUUGAUGUAAGGUGUAAAUUUUUAUUACAGUAGCAAAAUGAUAUUGCUAUAGCCUUAUAAUAAAAACGAAAUAUUUAUAACAAGGAUCGAUUUGGUUUAAGGUAAUACGGAUUAUGAAAGCCAAAUUGGGGAUAUCAAAUUUCAAUGUAAUAACCAAAUUAUGAAAACAGAUGAACAUCAAAUAUCAAUAAUAUAGAUAAAUUAGCGGACCCGACAGACGUUGUCCUGUCUACACGUCUUUAAUUCGAAUAUUAUU